AUGACUGAACCAGCAGUUUAUGACAUACACACUCUCUCUCCUCUUUUCUCCCCCUGCAAAGGUUCAUUUCAUCUGGUCCGCAUGCUUUUAGACGAAUACAUCUUGCUUGCUAUGGAGACCCAGUUUAACAACGACAAAGAACAAGAACUCCAGAAUCUGUUGGACAAGUAUAUGAAGAAUCUGGAUGCCAGUAAAGCUACUUUUACUGCAUCCCCGAGCUCUUGCUUCCUAGCAAACCGCAACAAGGCUGGUACACUUUCCAGUGAUGCUUCUGUGAAAAAUGAAUGCCUAGUGGAGCAAGCCUAUUUCUCUCUGCCAACCAAUCAGCACAGUGGCAUGUCCUCUGGUCUGAAUCCUUUCUCCAUGGGGAACCCUGAAAAUGUGCAGCUAACAGGUAGGAAGCAAAUCCCACAAAGCACGGGUCAUCUCAUGACUCCGCCCAUAUCUCCAGCCGGUUGGCGAGGAAGCGUCAUCAACCAGGGACCGAUGGCAGGCAGGCCUCCAAGUGUAGGUCCACCGCUGUCAUCUCAUUCCCACUGUGCUUCUUAUCCGGAGCCCCUGUACCAGACUGUGCCACAAACCAACCAAAACUUUUAUGGAGUCAGUGCUGGUUACCCGGUCAUGUUCAGGACCCAGACUCACUCAUCUUCUGCACCCUAUCAGCACAGGGCAGAGGCCAGCCAUUUUGCAGCCAGCAAUGAGCAGCAGCGCUUCUCCAGAGACUACUUCAGCAGCAGCUGUGCUGUAUCUCCAUACAGCACAAGGUCACCCCCUAACUAUGGGUCCUCUUCAACAGUACAGGAGGCACAUGGCAUGCAAUUUCUGAACAGUGGGAGCUACAACUUUAUGAGCAGUCCAGCAGCUAGCUCUGGUCAAGGAUCGUCAUAUUCCUCAAAUGCUUCCAAUGGGUUCUAUGGGAAUAAUAUAAAUUACCCAGAAUCCCAUCGACUCGGGUCAAUGGUGGAUCAGCAUGUUUCGGUCAUCAGCAGCAUCAGCAGCAUUAGACCACUGCCUCCAUACAAUGACAUUCAUGAUCCACUUAGCAUCUUAGAGGAUGCUGGAAGGAAACAGGGAGCAUCAUAUUAUGGAGAUGCCUCAAUAGCCUGUCAGAACCCGCUAACUUCAGAUCUGCAGCCUGCUAUAUCUGCAUCCUCCUCCCAAUGUAUGUAUGGACAUUCUAGACAAUGCCCUUCGCAGGAAGCAAUGGACUCUUCUGGGCAAGGUAAUAGUGAGAUGGUCUCCACCUUGCCACCAAUCAAUACUGUUUUCAUGGGAACUGCUGCUGGAGGCACCUGACUUCCAGAAGUGGCUGCACCCCAUCUUCAGUCCCAGGACUUGAUGGCGAACAGGAAUGAAAAAGUAUUACACAUCAUUUUUUAAGACUACCAAGAAGAUUUUACGAUGCACUGAAAAAGCAACUACAGCUGGUUGCAGAGUCCAUCCUGUCU